AUGACCCAGCUGCUAUCGAAGCUCAUCGAUCGCGGGACGCUUCGCUCUCCGGCGGUUGCCAGAGCCAUGAGUCAGGUCGACCGCGGGGCCUUUGUUGCCCCGGAGUGGGCUUCGUCCAGCCGCGCUUACGAAGAUCACCCUCUCCCCAUCGGCUAUGGCCAAACGAUUAGCGCCCCACAUAUGCACGCCACUGCGCUCGAGCUUCUGAGUCCGCAGCUGCGGCCCGGGGCCCGUGUCCUGGACGUGGGAUCAGCAGGCAGCGGCUACCUGACAGCGUGCUUCGGCAUGAUGGUGCACCCAGGUGGACGUGUACGGGGGGUGGAGGUGGUUCCGGAGCUGGCGGCCCGCAGUCUGGAGUCCCUCCGGCAGGUGGUACCGCAGCUGCUCCAGGACGAGACCAUCUCCAUCGAGUCGGGCAAUGUGCUGUCCGGUGAGCGGCCGCCCUUCGACGCCAUCCACGUGGGUGCUGCCGCCGAAGAGCUGCCCCAAGACUUGGUUGCCAAACUAGCCCCCGGGGGCCGCAUGGUGAUACCCGUGGGGCCGCACUACGGCAUCCAGGUGCUAACGGUGGUGGACAAGGCGCCGUUCGACACCGCGGCGGCACUCGGGGGCGCGGGACGGCAGUGGGCGGGUUUGGAGCCGCAUGGCCCCCGGGCUGUGCAGGGCCCUGGGGAGGAGGGUGGGGUUGGAGAGGGCGCGGAGUGGGGCGGGGGAAUCCGGGUGACUAAGUUGAUGGAUGUGGGGUAUGUGCCUUUGAUGCCCCGACACGGUGGUGCGGGUGAGGCGGGCGGCCAUGCGGAGUGA